ACCCGCCCCCCCGUGAGAUCCAGGUCCAGUCGUAGUGAGGGGCUCUCAGCCCGGCACGCGCCCUUUCUCUCUCUUGUUUUUGGAGGAAGCCAGAAAGCGCACCUGAAGCAGACGUAUGGACGCAUCGCGCGCGCGCGCGGACACCUGCCUCCCGUCCUGCCCCCGUCCCCAGCCAUGACCCUCAGCUCAGACAUGUCCGACGCCUCCGUCCUGUCCGAAGAGACCGACAUCGAUGUGGUCGGGGAGGGCGAGGACGCGGACAAGACCCGGUCCUCCUGCGCGGACGAGGCGGCGCAGAUGGACGGCAUCCUCCUGGACUCCCCCCCGCGCAGGGACUCGUGCACGCCUGGGGGCAAGAACCCGCUGGUGAAGCCCCCCUACUCUUACAUCGCGCUGAUCACCAUGGCCAUCCUGCAGAGCCCCAAGAAGAGGCUGACCCUCAGCGAGAUCUGCGACUUCAUCAGCGGCCGCUUCCCCUACUACCGCGAGAAGUUCCCGGCCUGGCAGAACUCCAUCCGGCACAACCUGUCCCUCAACGACUGCUUCGUCAAGAUCCCGCGCGAGCCCGGGAACCCGGGCAAGGGCAACUACUGGACCCUGGACCCGGAGUCGGCCGACAUGUUCGACAACGGCAGCUUCCUGCGGCGGAGGAAGCGCUUCAAGCGGCAGCAGAGCCCCGAGCUGAUGCGGGACCACGGCGGGUUCCUGCCCGCCGCCGCCGCCGCCUACGGGUACGGCCCGUACAGCUGCGGAGGGUUCGGGAUCCAGGUCCAGUCCUACCACGCGCACUCUGCGCUGUUUGCCUUCCAGCAGCAGCACAACAGACACUCCAUGAUCCCGUCCCCGGCCCUGAUGCCCACCAGCACGGAUCUACCCAGAACCCGGUUCUACCCGCAGCUCAGCCCCGGACCGGGCUCAGCCGGAGCCCAGGCGGCCUCCCCGCUCCACAAGCCCGGCUCUCCGGCGCAGCGGCCCCCCUUCUCCAUAGAGAGCAUCAUCGGAGGCCCGCUCAGGUCCUCCAGGACUUCUCCGGUCGUGCUCCCGGUCUUACCGGGCUCUUUGGGGCCUCCGGGGUCCAGCCAGCCGCAGACUGUGUUACAGCCGGGGGUGGGCGGCACGAGCGCCUGUUAAAUGUCUGAACUAAUAAUAAUAAUAUUAUUAUUAUUA